UCGAUCUUUUUGCUUAAAAACUUAGCCGAUUAUGCCGCUAUGUUUUUUAUCACUUUUUUACGAAAUGGUGUUUUAAGAGAUAUGCGAAAUGCAAUGUACAAGAAAACACUGGAGCUGCCUUUGGCUUUUUAUUCUGAAAAAAGAAAAGGAGAUGUUAUCUCAAGAAUUUCAGCUGACGUAAAUGAGGUUCAAAACUCAUUUCUGGCUAUUCUGGAACUUAUCGUAAAAGAACCUCUGACGAUUAUUUUCACCAUAACUACAAUGCUGAUUAUUAGUCCCAAACUAACGCUUUUUGUUUUUAUUUUUAUUCCUGUUUCUGGUUAUAUUAUUUCAUUAAUUGGAAAACAGCUAAAAAAACAAUCUACUAAAGCACAACAGGAACAAGGUACUUUUUUAUCGACUAUAGAAGAAACUAUUGGAGGCCUGAAGGUGGUAAAAGGAUAUAAUUCUGAAAAUUAUUUCAACACCGUUUUUCAAAAUUCUACAGAACGUUUUUUCAACUUAUCAAAUAGUAUUGGUAAUCGCCAGAACUUAGCCUCUCCUGCAAGUGAAUUUAUGGGAAUCACUGUAAUUGCGAUCUUAUUAUGGUACGGAGGACAAAUGGUUUUAAUCGACAAAAGCUUAGAUGGCGCUGCUUUUAUCGCUUAUAUGGGAUUAGCAUAUAAUAUCUUAACUCCGGCAAAAGCGAUUUCUAAAGCUUCUUAUGGAGUAAAAAGAGGAAAUGCAGCAGCAGAACGUGUUCUUGAAAUUUUAGAUCAGGAAAACCCAAUUACAUCUAAACCUGAUGCUAUUGUAAAAACAUCUUUUGAUGAUAGUAUUGAGGUUAAAAAUAUCAAUUUUAAAUAUCAGGACGAAACGGUUCUAAAAGACUUUUCGCUUAGUAUUAAAAAAGGACAAACUGUAGCCCUUGUUGGGCAAUCCGGAAGUGGAAAAAGUACUAUUGCCAACCUGAUGACCCGUUUUUAUGAUGUAAAUGACGGUACGAUUUCUAUAGAUGGUAUCAACAUAAAGGAUAUGAACCUUCAAUCUCUUCGUGGCUUAAUGGGAUUGGUUACGCAAGACAGUAUUUUGUUUAAUGAUACUAUAAAAGCGAAUAUUUCAUUAGGAAAAUUAGACGCUACAGAUGACGAAAUUAUCGAAGCUCUAAAAAUUGCUAAUGCUUUUGAAUUUGUAAAUGAAUUGCCUUUAGGAAUCUACACUAACAUUGGAGACAGUGGAAACAAGCUUUCAGGAGGACAAAAACAACGUUUAUCAAUUGCCCGUGCGGUAUUGAAAAACCCUCCUAUUAUGAUUCUGGAUGAAGCAACAUCGGCUUUGGAUACUGAGAGCGAAAAAUUUGUUCAGGUAGCUUUGGAGAACAUGAUGCAAAACAGAACUUCGAUUGUAAUUGCGCACCGCCUUUCGACCAUUCAAAAAGCGGAUCUUAUAGUUGUAAUGCAAAAAGGAAAAAUCGUUGAGCAAGGAACUCACGACGAAUUGAUUGCACACAACGGAACUUAUAACAAACUGGUUACGAUGCAGUCUUUUGAAUCGUAA